UACCGUGUCGUCCGUGCAAGAGCGCUUUGAGUUGGGGGGCCGCUAUAGAUCCAGCCAGACACACUUGCGUGGUGCAGGAAAGAACAAGGAGACACCGAUUUUCGCACUUAUCGCGUACGGAGGGUUUUAGCGCGCAAAACUCCGUACUGGAUAACGUUGCUAGAGCAUUAAGAGAAAGCAAGAGGUGUCCAAAGCCACCACGAAAAGUGUGCCCGCUGUACGAGAUCGCGUGCCGUUGCAAGCAAAUCGUUGAUUAGAUGAUCCUGUUAAGCGGCCAAUAAAUUUGCACCAACAGUAGUAAAGCCCCCAAAAAAACGUGACAGUUUUCGAGAAAGUGUUAGCAAAAAAGAGCGUUAACCUCUUUGCUACUAGUUCUUCUUGGGUGUAUAUCAAGUGAAAGUGAAUAUCCCAUGUGUCUUGGGUGUGCGUGAGUGAAUGAGUGUGCAACAAAACUAUUAAUUACUUGAAGAAAAGCGGGAAAAAAACAUUACCAGUGAUCUAUCUAUACAAGCAAAUAAGCUAUACACACAAAACAAAAUGACGCCCAAACCAGAGGAAAGCAUCCCUGUCGUCCAUGUGGGCGACGAACGUGAGCUUGGCGAACCGGGACUAAACAACAGCACCAGUUUGAGCAACCUUAGCGCCAACCUAAAGCUAAACGCGUUCAUCAACAAUGGUUUCGUGACCGAUUGUGCCCAGGCGGAAAAGUUGGCCGCAAUGGAGCAGCACCACGAAGCGAAAAACACCAACCAGCAGCAUGGCGUCCUGAUGACCACCAACGGUAGUGCGGCAACAGUGGCCGAAAAACCGGUGGUAGACUUUGACGAUCUGCUACCGCACGUCGGCGAAUUCGGCCGUUACCAGAAGAUACUGUUCCUGCUGAUGAUACCGUUCGCGUUUUUCGUGGCGUUCGUGUACUUUUCGCAGAUAUUCAUCACCCUCGUGCCGGAGGAGCAUUGGUGUUACGUGCCGGAACUGCAACACCUGUCCGUGGAGGAAAGGCGUGCAUUGGCCAUUCCCGUCGAGGAAUCGUUUGGAGCACACCUGGACGCGGGUGGUAUCGGCGAUGGGAGCUUACCGGUCAGCUACAGCAAAUGCACGAUGUAUGCCGUUAACUUCACGGAGGUGCUCGCUAACAACAUACGCAAGCCGGAUCCAUCCUGGCCAACGCAACCCUGCCGGCACGGUUGGGAGUACAACUUUACGGACGUACCGUACCAAACGGCAGCAACUGAUUUCGAAUGGGUCUGCGACCAUGCGUACCUUCCAACGUUGGCGCAGUCUAUCUUCUUCCUGGGUGCGAUCGUCGGUGGACUGUUGUUCGGUUGGAUUGCAGAUCGAUACGGACGCAUUCCCGCACUCGCUGGUUGCAAUAUCGUCGGUUUUGCGGCCGGUGUCGCUACGGCAUUCGUAGGCAACUUCUGGCAGUUUAGCCUGUGCCGGUUUCUGGUCGGAUUUGCCUUCGAUAACUGCUUCACCAUGAUGUACAUCUUAGUUUUGGAAUACGUUGGCCCAAAAUGGCGCACAUUUGUCGCAAACAUGUCGAUCGCGCUGUUUUUCACCACCGCGUCCUGCGCAUUGCCCUGGAUUGCGUACUAUCUGGCGGACUGGAAAACGUUCGCUAUUGUCACAUCGGCACCGCUAGCUUUGGCCAUCCUUACCCCACUGUUGGUACCGGAAUCGGCAAGAUGGCUCGUUUCGCAGGGUAAGAUUGACAAAGCCAUCGGAAUCCUUAAGAAGUUCGAAACGAUCAACAAGAAGACGAUCGAUGCCAAGGUGUAUCAGGAAUUCAGUGACAGCUGCGUGAGGCUUCAGGAGGAAGAGGCUGCCAAUAGCAACUACUCUGUACUGGAUCUGUUCAAGACGCCACGCCUGCGCAACAUCACCAUCCUGCUGAUCGUCAUCUGGAUGGCCAUUUCGCUCGUCUUCGAUGGUCACGUGCGAAACGUGGGCUCGCUGGGGCUGGAUCUCUUCUUCACCUUUACGGUUGCUGCUGCCACGGAGCUGCCGGCCGAUACCUUCCUCACUCUGACGCUGGAUCGUUGGGGACGGCGAUGGUUAGCCUGCGGAACGAUGGUUGCCAGCGGGCUGUUCAGUCUGUUCGCCACCAUGGUACCGAUGGGUGCCUACUCAGCGACAUUGGCAAUUUUGGGACGUUUCAGUGUGAACAUUUCGUACAACAUUGGUUUGCAGUACGCGGCCGAGCUGCUUCCCACGGUCGUCCGGGCACAAGGUGUCGCGUUCAUCCACAUCAUGGGGUACGUGGCGAGCAUUGUGGCCCCGUUCGUCGUUUAUCUGGCCAACAUCUCGCCCUCCCUGCCACUGAUCGUGCUUGGCAUUUUGGGUAUCAUCGGGGGAUUGCUGUCCCUGCUGCUGCCUGAAACACUUGGACACGACCUGCCGCAAACGCUUGCCGAUGGUGAAGAUUUCGGACGAGGGCAAAAGAUUUGGGACUUCCCCUGCCUAACGAAGAAAGUGGAUGACGUUGAAACCUGCGAUGAUCUGCCCGUAGAGCGGUUUACCCGUGCCACAUCUAAGUCCUCAAUCGGUGCUUCCCUUCGGGCUUCGACCCGAGGAGAGCUUCGGUCGAGCAUGCUCAACCGUUCGAUACGAUCGCGCGUAUCGGUCCGCUCGCUAGCGCAAUGCAAGGAGGAACAGAUUUCGGGCGGCGUAUAGAGGUCUACCGACAUAUGUGAAGGUAGCGGAAGGAAGGCUAAUCCAAUCAGCUCAGCGCAGUUUUGGAGUAUGCGGAUCACUAAAUUGUAGUUUGUCUGAGCGACAGCGGCAUUGUAACAUGUGUAGCUUUUAAUGUGUUUUGUUUUAAACUCGUCAGCGUCGUGGUACAAUUCUAGUCAACCGUAUCGGAUGAUUUUCAGAGAGAAGUAACACACACUUGACAUGAUAGUAGUUUUAUGCGUUGUCCAGGUGUGGCACCAACAGCGGCGGGAGAUGCUGUUGUGCUGCAGUGCUAAAGCAUUAAAGGGACUGAACAUCUCCGCUGGCGUCAUUUACGCAAUAGAAACAUCACGCGACCACAAGUUCCUAAAUCCAGGAAAUCGAACAAACCAUUCGUCUUCUAUUGUGAGCACAAAUGCCAUCAUAAAUGAUACAAAUCGUAGUGGCCAAAAUCGUUGCAUCGGAAAGUAUUACGUUUCAAUCGCACAGCAUGCGCAGCAGCACUAUCAAACAACCGGACGUACGGGAAGGCUGCAGCAUCUCUCCAUCAGAGCACGAAAUCGGCACCACGGCAUAUCAAACUGGGGCGGAAACGAUUGUUUCAGCAAACGAAAAGUAUUACGAGUUCCCGGCAGCAAGAUCGCGAUCAGUGCUAUAUUUAAUGAUAGGAGUACUCACUAUCACUAGGGAAUAGAAGCUAAUUUAUGAUACAGAUACGUGUUAGGGUUAGCAUGGGAGAAAGUAUGGCAAAAAAGGUGUUAGUUGUUUGUAAGGCUGUUGGAUCCAACAGCAAACUAAUCCUUGUCGAUUACGAGGAAGCUAGACGUUAAGAAGAAGCUAUCAACUAUCUACAUACGAACGCAAAACGGUGGACGUGAUCAAAAAGGAAAAGAGAUUUCACUAAAUGAAGCUCCAACAGGUGCGGGAGCUCCCACAACGAUGGACAGGCAUUAAUGUUACGAAAAGUUUUAUUUAUUCGCUAAUCCUUACCAAACGUCGCAACAGUUCGCAAGCGCAAUCGCUUCGAAAGUGGAACGGCGCUUUAUGUGAUACGUAGGAUUCGGGCAAAUGAAAGGUUGUGAGUGGUAAAAUUGUUGUAAUUUAUCCAAUGUAGUCUCACCGUAUCAAAAGAAAAUACAAUUUGAGCAAA